AAUCGUUCUCGAACUCUGGUCUGGUUGAAAAGAGCAACACGAAAACCAGAACAGUUCCCUCUCUCAAGCUUUACAAGGAGGAAAGCAUCAUCAAGGAGGAAAAAGGUCCUCAGCUACAAAAACAAACAAAGAGACUUGCUCUCAUAUUAGAGAUCUGCUGCGUUUUUGCCCUAGAAAUCCUCUUCAGCCAUGGAAGCCCAGCCCGUUUCGUCGCAAGAAGAUGUAGUAUUGGAUGCCAAACCACUGAGAUCAUUAGCCCCUAUGUUCCCUGCACCUUAUGGAUUCAACACCACAUUUACGUCCUUUGGUUCCGCACCGGCUGUUUGCGUUAGUCCCUUUGGUGGUUCAUCGUCCUCUGGCGGUGGUUUCCCUCCAUUUUUCUUCAGUCCAGAGCCAACCAACCGGCAAAAAGGUGCUGCAUCUGCAGGGCGUGCUAGUAAUAGAACUCCAGCUGCAAAUGGAUCCUACCAUUCGGACCAAAUUAAUCUUGAGGAUGAUCCUGAUUACACUAUCCAUACCACGACUUCUGGCCGGAAAAUCAAGCGUCCUAAAACUUUGAAAAAGUACAAGAUUGAUGAUUCUGACAGCGAGAGCGCUGAGGGCAGUGGCAAGAGGAAGUCCCAAAUACGGAGAAAGUCAAAAAAAGCUCCAGAGUUAGCCUUGAUUCCUUCCUCUCUUCUUGAUGCACGGAAUUCAGCUGAGGAGAUACUCAUGACCUUCGAUGCUCUCCGCCGGAAAAUCUUGCAGUUAGACGAGGCAAAUGAUUCCAGCAAACGUUCUUACUUGAGAGCUGGGGCUAUCAUGAUGUCCAAUGAUCUCCGGGCUAAUAUUGUCAAGAGAAUAGGGCCUGUUCCUGGAGUAGAAAUAGGAGACAUCUUUUACUUUAGAAUAGAGAUGUGUUUGGUUGGUUUGCAUGCUCAAAUCAUGGGAGGCAUUGAUUAUAUGUUACCUAGACUUUCUGAUAUGGAUGAACCAUUAGCAAUUAGUAUUGUCUCUGCUGGAGGUUAUGAGAAUGAUGAAGGUGAUACAAAUAUAUUGAUUUACACUGGUCAGGGGGGUGGUUGCAGCAGCAAGUAUGAUAAAAAUCAGGUGGUCGAUCAAAAACUUGAGAGAGGUAAUCUUGCACUCGAGAGAAGUUUGCAUAGAGGCAAUCUUGUUCGGGUGAUACGGAGUGCGAAGGAUAUGAACCUCAUCAAUGGAAGGAUCUACAUCUAUGAUGGUCUAUAUAAGAUUCAAGAAACAUGGGUGGAGAAAGCAAAGGCAGGUAACAAUGUUUUCAAGUACAAAUUGUUCAGAGAGCUAGAGCAGCCAGAAGGAAUUGCGGUGUGGAAGAAUACUGAGAAAUGGAAAGCUAAUCCUUCUUCUAGAGGUGGAGUUAUACUCCCGGACAUAUCAUCCGGUAUUGAAACUUUUCCUGUUUUUCUUGUAAAUGAGGUUGAUAAUGAGAAGGGGCCUAGCCAUUUCACAUAUGCCACUAAAGUAAAGUAUCUAAAUCCCAUUAAUUCCAUGAGACCUUUACCUGGUUGCAGGUGCAUUAGCGUAUGCCUUCCUGGUGAUGCUAGUUGUUCUUGUGCACAACAAAAUGGAGGUAACCUUCCGUAUUGUGCAAAUGGGUUUGUUGUGAGCCGUAAACAUGUUUUGUAUGAGUGCAACAGUUUAUGUUCUUGCUCUGUUAAUUGCCGUAAUAGAGUUACACAAAAAGGUGUCAAUCUUCAUUUUGAAGUUUUUAGGACAAGGGAUCGGGGUUGGGGCCUUCGAUCAUGGGAUCCCAUACGUGCAGGUACCUUCAUAUGUGAAUACGUUGGAGAAGUUGUUGAUAAGAUCAAAGUGAAUGAUUUUGGUGAAGAUGAUCAUUAUAUUUUUCAAGGAAAUUAUAUUGAUGAGAAGACACUCAAAUGGAAUCAUGGGCCGGAGUUACUGGGUGAACCUAGUAUCAACGAGAGUGAUGUUUUUAAGCCACUUCCUAUCAUAAUUAGUUCUAGAAAUGUGGGAAAUGUUGCUCGUUUUAUGAACCACAGUUGUUCCCCUAAUGUCUUUUGGCAGCCAGUUCUGCAUGAUCAUAAUGAGGGAGAUUAUCCACAUAUCAUGUUCUUUGCAAUGAAGCACAUUCCUCCAUUGAUGGAGCUGACAUUUGAUUAUGGUUUGAACAUCGAAAAUGCAGUUUGGAAUGUUGCUGGCACUAGGCAACCAAAGAAAUGCUUAUGUGGGUCGCCCAAAUGCCGUGGUUUUUUUCGGUAACAUUGUGCAAUCUAUGCUAGGAAAGCUAAGCUAAACAAAAUCCUUGAUGCGCUGGUGGUUCUUGGAAAUUGGCUGUUCAGCGUUUUAAUUGGUGAAACAAUUCAGGAAAACCAUUCAAAGUUGGAUCAUAAUCUGGAUGGUGAUGUCCCUUUAAGGAGAAACUUCAGCUGUAAAAAAAGAACUUUGGAAGGCUUGUUUCCUGUAGUUUUUUUGUUUUUAUUUUGUUAUGCUAGUGCUUAUGUACUGUCUGCUGUCUUAUGGUAUCCUUAGAGUUUUUGAAAAUUUAACCAACUCAAGUUGUCUUAUGUAUCUGCUUAGUAAGCUUGGUUUAAAUUUAGUUGUUUUUUGCAAUUUUUAAGGAUAGCAAGCUCAUAAUUUGUUA